AUGGCAUCCCCUGGUUGUCAUCUACUACAGAAGUAUAAGGACUGCACAUUACAAGCCAAGAAUAGGCCGAUGACUAUGAGGAGGCAUCAAUUCCUGUUAGACUUUAGUCAAGAGAGGGUCAGACGAUACGUCCUUAAGAAGUUGAGGUCCAUCCUAUCGAGUUGCAACAUAGCCUAUGUGAAGUGGGAUAUGAAUCGUCAUUUAACGGAGGCUCAGAGUGCUCUACUAUCUGAUGAUAGACCCCAAGGGGAGACCAUGCACAGGCAUAUGCUUGGAGUCUAUCAGGUCCUCGACUCUAUCACUUCCGAGUUCCCUCUGGUACGCUUUGAGACAUGUGCAGGAGGAGGUGGCAGGUUCGAUGCCGGCAUGUUGUAUUUUGGUCCCCAAAUUUGGGCAUCGGAUAACACCGACGCCUGCUGUAGAGCACGUAUACAAUCGGGCCUCUCUGUGGGUUACCCCAUGAUUACUAUGGGCAGUCACAUUACAGCCACACCUAACCAUCAAACUGGGCGGGUCCUGCCGGGAAAUGUGAGAGGAGGAAUGUCCAUGCUUGGUGCCAUGGGCGUGGAGUUGAACCUCAUGAAGGCCGAUGUGGAGCUUCUUGAGGAGAUCAAAGCGUUACUGCAUGUCUACAAAUCAGCAAUUGAUUCUAACCUUCUCAAGGGGAAAUUCUAUAGACUUUGGGACCCUUUUGACAUGCACUCGACACAGGCAAGUAUUCGGUGCGGAGGCAACAGCUUGGAUGGAAGUAGCAUGUGA